ACACACACACACUGCUCCCCCUCUCUGUCUCUCGUUCUCUCAGCAUCAUUCAGAGCUUCAUCUCCUCGGCUGGAAUCACACAAGAUGCAUCUGUAGGUUGGAAUCACUCCAUUGGAUUUUCUGAGGCUUUUCCCUGCACCGGAUCUCGGGAUAGAUGCUGGAACCGGACCGUGGACGGAGAUGGGAUGAGGGCUGUUAGAUCAACAUGUUGAGGAGUCCUCCUUACCGGACCUUACUGAUGAGGAGUUGAGAAGCGGACAUCCAUCGCCCGUCAUUGCAGCUGCGCGCUUCGAAGCUCUUCAUGUCAUGAAUAACUGACGCUUCCGUUAGGACUCGUUUUUGGACGGUCUCUGUGUUGUUAUGUGGUCUAAUUGCGCGGUUAUGUAACUCUUAAGUGCUUUCCGUGGUAGGAAAUACCGAGUCUAUCGGUAUCGCUCAUGCUCCGGUGCAUGCCUGGGCUCGCUCCCUCGCGCCGGUGGUGUGCACCGUGAAUCUGCACCGAAUCUGCACGAUCGUCCCUCCCUCUCCCGUGAGAUGGCCGCGGCGAUCGCCAGCUCGCUCAUCCGACAGAGACGGCAGGCGCGCGAGUCAAACAGCGAGCGAGCGGUGUCCGGUAAGCGUCGCUCCAGCCCCGGUAAAGAGCCCUCGGGUCGAGGCUCCCUGUGCGAUCGGCACCUGUUCGGACUCUUCGGUAAAGUCCGAUUCUGCAGCGGGAAGAAACGACCCGUGCGCCGGAAACCAGAUCCUCAGUUGAAGGGGAUAGUGACCAGGCUCUUCAGCGAGCAGGGCUACUACUUGCAGAUGCAGCCGGAUGGAACAGUCGGCGGGACCAAAGAUGAAAACAGCGACUACAUGAGAAUAUUGAUCAGCUGGAGAACUGAAACACAAUACAGUCAGAAUCUGGUCGGCUUCCAGCAAAAUGAAGAACAGCUGAUGAACAAGCUGAAGCAGAGGGAAACAGAGCUGCAUGAAUUCUUGUUCAGCGUGUACAUGUUUACAGAUACAUUCACAGCGGAGUGUAAGUUUAAGGAGAGUGUUUUUGAGAAUUAUUAUGUGAUCUACUCAUCCACGGUGUAUCGCCAGCAUGAGAGCGGACGCGCCUGGUUCCUCGGACUCAAUAAAGAAGGAAUCAUCAUGAAGGGAAACCGGGUCAAGAAAACUAAACCAUGCUCACACUUCGUGCCCAGACCCAUUGAAGUGUGUAUGUAUAAGGAGCCGUCGCUGCAUGAUAUUGAUGAGAAGCAGCAGUCCAGGAAAAACUCAGGAACUCCCACUAUGGGCACCAGGAAAGAGUUGAACCAGGACUCUACUGAUCAUGAAGGCUCAUAGCCCCACACACACACACACUGACCUGUAAAUGUACACACACAUACACACACACACACACGGUGACCCCUGGAGCUGAAUGCUUUCUUUCACCCGAACAAACAACAGCAACUUCAGCAUCGACAAACAUCAAAUUAAACUAAAAUUAAUGACGUAACAUGAAAAAAAAAAAAACAUAUUUAAAAAAGGCUGAAUUCUUGCCUGUGAAAAUAUUUUAGGAGUAUCUGAAAAUCAGGACGUGAUUUUACAUUUUAUGCAAAGUGUGGCAAGAGUCUGUUGGCGUCACAUGCUCGUGGAGACGCGUGAGGGUGUUUUCUUUGGGGAGUCUGAGCUUUAAAGCCAUGUUCGAUGAUCACACGUUGAUUUAUGAAUGCCAAAAGCACUUUCACUCACCGCUAUACAUCGCUCACCUCAUUAAUAUCGAAUGCUCUCAUCGAUUGUGUCCUCCAAUCAUUGCUCUGUUUUUUUAUUCUGGGUGGGAGGGGGAGGAGCUUGUGAAUUCUGCUCUCUGAUUGGCUGGAGGGUUCAGGAAUAGCUCUGCUCAUAGGCUCUGACUGGAACGGAAACAGAUCUGCUUCAUCUCAUUCCACGGUAUGAAAUGUCAUAUUCUACACUUCUGUAGCAUUUUACUUUAAAUCCCCUCAGCGUUCAACAAUGUCAUUUUCUGCCGUCUCUGAAACACGCUUGCUGCUGUACCUUUAAGACUUGUAUAUGUACAUGCACUGUUAUGAUUGGUGAACAUCAGCGUACUGAUACUGAACAGGUAUUGAUAUGUAAAUGUGGGUGGUGAUAUGUUAAUCAUGAUAAUCAUGACGAUUUCUGAGCCAAUAAAUGGCACAGCGAAUGUUACGAACAUCCACAGCGAACUCUUUUAUUUCGAAAGAGCGAGGAAAAAACAUUUUCCCGUGGUGUUUUGAAUGUACUCAGAAUCGAGCAGAGGGACGGUGGUGUAAUCAAGACAAUGAUGUCACAAUCUGGGAUUUUGCAUUCAGCCGGCUCUCAUUUCAGCGCACGCCUGCUUUGAAACCGAGAGAUUGGGUUUUUUUUAUCCUGCCAAAAGCACAUACUGCCCUCUGAGUGACUAAACUGGACUAAACCACUUUAAACCAGAGAAUAGACUGCUCCGGCUUUCCUUCACUCAGUGUUUUUUAAUCGCUCCUCAUUAACACGCAGGCUGUGUUCAGAAUGGAGUCCUAGCGCAGUGCUUACUGCGCAGUAUAUACUCAUUUUUACUUUUUUUUAAAACAGUGUGUGAAAUGGUGCACUUGCAAUGAUAUAGGUUACACACAGUAGAGUACUACAUUUUUUUCACUAUGUUGCAUGUGUAGAUCAGCAGAUGUCUGAAAUGAAUGCUGUUGUUUUGCAUGUUUAAUCAUCCAUUAAAAUAAUGAGGAAAAAGUCUAGUUCAUUUUUCGCACUGUAAAUAGAAGGUCGAAUGCAUUGCAUUGUGGGAUAGUGCUCUACUUGAACUUUGCAAGAUUGGCACUUAGUGACCUAAACUGAAUUAGCGUUACUAAAUAAUGACACUGUUGUCUACUGAGAUCGAAUUGGUUUCAUAAUCGAUGAACUUUGCAACAUUAACACUGUUCCAGUCGUGUUAUUACUGCUUUGAAACGAUCUGUGCUGUAUAAAGCGCUGUAUAAAUAAGCCGCUCAGCUUUAGGUUAAUGUCUUAGCUCUUGCCAUGCAUAAGAACAUUUGCAUACUGUGCACGGUAUGCAUACUAUAUACUGCAGAUUAGUAUGCUGGGAUGACAUUUUGAACACAGCCGUGUUCCCAGAUUCAGCUCAGCACGUUUCUGAUUGGUUACUUGAGUCCAGGCUCCUUCCCCUUUAAAUGUGAUCGACCUGUUCAUUGGUCAGAUCCAUCGACGGAAAGGCCAAUCAGCUGUCAGCUGGGUUUAUGAGAAGUCUUCCAUUAGUGGAGCUGCACCAGCAUCUAUGAGAGGGGGGGUCAAAGGUCAGGCUAGCGAUACGCCAGAGAAAACAAGAGGUCACGAACCGUACUACUAAAGAUGCCUGCCUGUUUUUUUCAUAGAAGAUGUUCUGAUUAUUGCCAUGCUGAAAUGCUCUUCUGCUGACCUGGGAUGUGUUUGCUGAUGUUUGCACCUUAAUUCUGAACACGUUCAUUAUGUAAAGAGUUCUGAAUAAAACAUUAAAC